GGGGCCGCUUGUUUAGCUUUGUAAGUUGUGUUUGUUUUAUUACUUUUAUUUUGAAUUCCUCGGAUAAUUUGUCUCUGGCCUCUUCUAGUACCAGGACGAGUUUCUAGCGUAGAAAACGCGUUUUUUGAUAUUCCUUGCCAUGCCUUUUUACCCGGAGCACGCCUGCCGCCAUCAGGAAAUAGAAAAAGGCCGGUAAAGGGGAAACGAGAUGUGAUUCGUGAGAAUUUCGCCGUCGGUUCGGUCGUAAUCAUCCGUGUGUCGGACCCGGACGAAUAUGGGAAAAUGUGAAGAGAGUUGAACCAUGGCAGGACGGUCUGUGAUGUUUUGGCACAUUUUCGUUCUGUUGGGCGUGUUAGACCGUUGUCAGUCCGACCCAUGUCCAGUCAGGUGCGAUUGCUCCAAGAUUAUCGCGUCCAAGCAACAGCCUGCAGAGAGGUACAAGUGGAAGUGCGGGGUGAACGGCCACCUCCUGAACACCCUCGAGGAUCUGCACUUUGACACCCUCAACAAUCUUUCAGACGUUUUCAAUCUUGACCUGUCAGGAAAUAGCAUCACACAUUUACCAAAAAGGGCCUUUCCUUUUCCAGAACUUCAAAAAUUAGAUUUAAAUAAAAACAACAUAGAAAUCAUAGAUAGCGGUGCGUUUACUGAUUUGACUUCCCUUAGACGAUUGGAUUUGUCAAACAAUCGUAUUCGUUAUCUUACGGCAUCCAUGUUUGUCGGUCUCCAGAAUCUCGAAAGGCUAAAAGUGAGUCAAAAUAUGAUACGGCAAGUGAAGGACGGGACAUUUGAGGAACUCAUUUCUCUGAAAAUUUUAGACUUAUCAGGGAAUCCGUUAGUUUGUGAUUGUGACCUAUGGUGGCUGUGGGCACACACGUUGACGUUUAAGCUUUCCCCAAUGCCUAAAUGCUCAGAGCCUCUUACUUUCAAGGACCAGCCGUUGAAAAAACUUCGGACUCUGACUCACUGUUGGGGUGACUACUCGUCCCCUUUGCUUGAAGUGACUCCUGAUCACGAUCAAGUCGUUUUUGAAGGGGAUUCUCUUCAGCUGGAUUGCAGGGCGGGCGUCACAAAAGCAGCGUGGAAAGACACAAGCAUUUCUUGGUAUUGGGCCGGUCUCCCUCCUCAGACCGUAUUCCCAUCUUCGAUACUUUUGGAAAAUAAACAGUUGGUGGAUACAGGCCUUAUUGAAAGCUCUUUGGUUAUAAAUAAGUUAAAUGCCAAUCACACGGGCGAAUGGAACUGUGAACUGAUAUCGAGUGAGGGAAACCAUUCCAGCACAUUAUCUGUUAUUGUUAUAUCGGGUUCGACAAAAUACUGCCGACCAACUGUUACCAAAGACAAUAAAGGGGAGUAUAUUUGGCCCAAAACAGUUGCUGGUCAUGUCGUUGAACUUUCGUGUUCUGCUGAAAUCGGAUUUGCCGUUGCAAGAAACAACUGCACGCUCGACGGUUAUUGGGAAGGGGCCAACACAUCCUUAUGCCCUUUUAUCAGCGAAACUACACGAAUUUUACAACAAUACGCAAAAAUGAACUUAACCGCUGGGCGUAACAGCAUUCUAGAAAGUGCUGUCCGACUGCAUAACUACACGUUAGAAAAUAAAAGCAAAUUCAACGAUCAUUUCGAUGUUGUUUUUAUUACACAAACUAUUGAAAAUUACCUUCAGUUUGUUGAGGCAGAGAAAGAGCUUGGUACUCUUUUGCUAGAUAUUAUUAGUAAUAUAAUGGAUCUAGACCAACAACUGUUAUCAGAUGCUCAAAUACACGAUCGUUCUUGUACAAAAUUGUUGUCAGCCAUUGAAACGAUUACAGAAUAUCAAAUUAUUCCUGCUGAACCUGGCCAUCGAUGGAAUAUGGCUGUUGAAAAGUUUAGGGUGUCUAGGGAAAGUUUUCUUGGCAUAACAUGUACUUGGUGGAAUAGCAAAGAAAAAAAUCCGAAAGAGAGGUUGUUCCACUGUUCGACCACAAAUACCAGCAGUCUUCCUGUUACGUUUGACAAGGUAUUCGAAGCCUCGAUACAAAUACCUUCGUCGCUGUUCCACCAGCUUGAGAUAAGGGGGAAACCGUCAAUGGCUCAGCAAGUCAUGGUCGCGAUAUUCGACAGCGCCAAGUUGUUUCCAACCCCUUUCAAUCUCAACCGAACAGUCUUGUCACCCAUAGUGGGUGCAAAAAUUAUAGGCGUUGACGUCAGGGAUUUGAACGAGCCCCCGUCUGUCACGCUCGGCGGAAUUCAAGACGGUGUUAUGCCGGCCUGGUGGGAUGAAUCUCUGGGAAACUGGGUCGCAAGGCCUUGCAGGCCGACAUUCUUCCAUCAUCUACUCGUCACCAAGUGUCAACAUCUUGGCUAUUUUGCGCUUAUUUCUGACAUGAGAUAUGAACCAGCUCCAGUAAUUGAGCAAGCAAAAUCAAGGAUGAGCAAUCCAGCGAUAUUUGUUGGAACGUUUGUUGGUUCAACAUGUCUGCUUGUCGCUGCAUUCACUUAUGCAGUAUGUCAUUCAUCAAUUCAGAUGUCGGACAAGAUGAAACAUGCUUUAUCUAACACUUGGAUUGCAAUAUCCUUACUUUCCAUAGUUUUCAACAUUGGAAUGUAUCAGACAGAAGAUGUUUUCAUUUGUCAGGUGAUCGGCCUUCUUCUACACUACUUGACGUUAUGCUCUUUAUUCUGGAUGGCUGUUUCUAUUAACGGGAUGCAUCGUGCCUUGGCCAAAAUGGAACCAGUCGUUUCAACAGGCAGCGACGAUGGUAGUGGAAGGCCUGAAGUCGUUGGACAGCCACUUGUCGGUCUUUAUCUGGUCGGAUGGGGAGUCUCCGGACUACUUGUCGGCCUUUCCGGAGCGGUAAAUCCGAAAGGGUAUGCGACACCUACAUAUUGCUCUUUAGGCCCGGGACCAGGAUUCACACCCGUACUUGUACCUAUAUCAGCGUUGUUUAUAUUUAUUUUCACCAGGGCUCUUAUGGUAAGAUCUGCAGCAGUUGAAAAAGACUCAAAUGCUCAGUUGUCAGAAGGCACACAAGCGACAGAUUUGGAAUUGUUGGAGACGGGGCUUCCGUCCCCCGAUCGAGCUAGUAUUCAAAGCAUCGCUACACCUAGCAGUCAUGUUGAAGAUCUCGAGCACCCGCCUUAUGUCCAACUAAAGGCUUUUCUUAUAAUAAUUGUCCUUUUUAGCAUCACUUGGGUUUUUGCAGCCCUGUCUGUAAUAAAACCUAUAAAUAUGCCAUACGAGGAAACAAUAUUUAGCAUAAUGUACGCAGUUUUUAUAAUUAUUUUAGGGAGUUUUGUCAUUUUUUUCUACUGUUUUUCAAGAAGCGAUGUUAGAUCGGUUUGGUUCACUCUAAAACACAUCAAAAGAUCGAGGAAUGUUACUGAUUUCGCUCCUCCUCCUAUAAUGAAUUCAUCUGAAAUUCCGACGCCAGGACGAAAAUCCAUCAGUCCUCGGCCUGAACCUCAAGGGGAACUGAUGCAACAGAAAACCAAUUUUGUAGAUUUACACAGGAGGCAAUAUCACAACAAUAUUAUUGUCAACGAGCCGAAUUCAUUUUACAACCCACAGCAGAGCAUUGUUGCUAAAAAGUUUUUCAAGAAACAGAGGAGAAAGAGAAACAGCCUUCGUAGGCGAAGGGGCGUCGGUGAUGGGACCCCCGUCUCUCCAGAUAAUUCCGAACUGUUUCAUCUAGGUUGUAAAUCUACUGUCGGUUCUACCACACCGCAUUCCGAAUCGAGGAAUGUCAUUUGUGACAGGAGACCUCUCGAGAGGCUGGUAAUCGGAGCGGAAAGCUCAAGGCCGACACAAACGAAUAACGACGGCAGUGUCAAAUACGCCUCGGUAGCCAGUGAGUGUUGCAGUUGCAUGGUUUCCGAAGCCCAUUCCAUCACGGACUGCACAAGAGACUUGACAUCGGAGCAUUCGAGUCGAAGCAGUCAUUUAUACGCGACAGUUGCGCCUGACAUGUCGCCUCUUCCAAGGCAUAAAAUGAACCCGCAACUUUCCAUCGACAUUAAAAAUGAAGCUGUCCGACUGAACAUAUCAGAAAGUAAUUAUGAUUUAAAAUCUUCGGACGAAGAGAAAAGAGAAACAAGCGUAUAGCAAAGACUAUGACUACUAAGUAGUCAAAUAUAUUAAAACUGAUAAAAUCAGUUUAGUAAUGUAAAUAAUUUUUUCUAUUCAAUUAAAAUUAUUUUAAUGCUUUUUUACUUUUUUAUUUAUAAUGUUUGUUAAUAAAAUUAUUUAAUAGAAAAUGAAUUGUGCAAAUGUUAAAAGACCAUCGUGUUGAAUUAGGAUACAAAAAAGUAAUAUUUGAAAAUAAAAAAAUAUAGUUAUCGCUUACAAAAUAUAUAAUUUGUUAUUAUACAAUUUAUAGAAAUAUUACAGAUAUAACUUUUUUGUCAUGUUAGUGUAAAAAAUGUAUUUUAAACCUUUUUUAAAAUUUAUUUAAAACUUUUUUAAUCUGUGUUUGUCAAUUUGUAAUUCUAUCUGUGUGCGUGUUGCAUAUAUGUAUUUCUGUUUGCCUGAGUGUGUGUUAAUUCUAAGAUAUUUUCAGCUCUCUUCAAGUACAAAAACUUUGUAUUAAGUAGGUUGUCGGAUAGCGAAACACGUACAAAACAUUCUUUUGUGAUCUUAAGCAUAUUAUUCUAUUCAAGAACUUACAACAUUUAAUCGUACCUUUUUCAAAAUAUUAAAUUGUAUCUUAGCUAUAAGAUUAUAAAUAUUUAAUGUUGUUGGAAAUCGACUGAAUGUGAGCAUGUGCUUAUUUAUCUGUAAAUACCUUAUUAUGAAAAUGUAGACUUUUUAAUCAGUUGUAAUGUGUGUAUUUUUUAAUCUGUUUUCUUGAUAACGUACAGUUACGUUUAUUGCUAGGAAGUUUAAUAUUGUUGAAAUGAUUCCUUAUCGAAUAUGUUUCGCAUUUACAAAUAUUUAUUUUGUUAAAGACUGAUUUUAAGAAAAAAACAAACAAACAAACUGCUUUCUGAUGUAAUAUUUUAAUCAGUGUGAUCUCAAUAUAGCUUAGAGAAAUAAAAUUAAAAUGUC